UUCAGGCCUUUCAUGGCCGCUCAGGCCACUGGACAGCCUCCUAGUGAGGUUGUCCACCCCACCUUAGACUACUCAAAAAUAUUAAAACCCACCACUCUCAAUCCACCAAUACAGCCCGUAGCAGCCAUUCCAAUAAAACCUGUCGUUUUUCAGCAUGGCGAACCCACAGUGCAAUGGGAUAUAGACGAAGUUGAGCGCAUGGUCAUUCUGGAAAAUCUUCAAUAUGCCGUUGUGGGGAAAUUUUCUUAUAGCUGGCCAGAAUUUCAUGAUUUACGGGACAUGAUUCCAAGUCAAUGUGAAAUAAAAGGCAAGUGUGCUGUAGGAUUUUUGUGCAAUCGUCACGUCCUAAUCCGAUUGUCUUUGUUCGAAGAUUACGUUCAGUUGUUAUCCAAACCAGCAUACUAUAUUAGGGAUAAACAUUAUUAUCAUCAAAUGAGACCACUCAAAUGGGAUCCUUGGUUUGACCCGGAGGAGGAGACGUCGAUCGCGAUAGCAUGGAUUUCUUUUCCCACGUUACCUCCUAAUUAUUUCGUCAAAGAAGCUUUGUUCUCAUUAGCUUCAGCAGUUGGAAAGCCCCUCCAUGUUGACUUAGCGACAAAGAAUAAAACACGGCCAAGUUGUGCACGUGUAAAGGUUGAAGUUGAUCUUUUAGCGGAGCAUCCAAAGCGAGUGCAAAUUCAAUGUAUUAAUCCUGCGAAUGGAGAAACAAGGUCUAGGUGGAUUAAAAUUAAAUAUGAUUUUAUGCCGAAGUACUGUACACAUUGUUGUUUGCAAGGACAUGAUGAAGAUGGUUGUAGAGUACUUCAUCCUGAAUUGAUUCUGGGGAAUAAGGAACAGCGAGAUGAUGUUAAUGCCGAGAAAAUUGGUAACCAAUCUGCUACAGGUGAUGGUGAACAAGCAGAUACUGGAAAAAAUCAAUUAGCUACUGUUGGAAAUUCAAAACAAAGUGGAAAACAGCCAGUUAAUUGGAAUGGGAAAAAUUAUACUGCUCCAGUUAGAGUUUUAUCAAGCGGGAAGGUUGUUGGGAAUAUUCAAAAGACAUGGCGAUGGAAUAAAGGUCAAAAUCGACCAACUUUGAUUGAGAAUAGUAACAAUCAAGUUUCAGGAAGUGGAGAUGGUGUAGGUACUGGAAAAGAAUUGGUUACGGUGGGGAAUGGAGUUUUAGCACCUUUUCAGACUUCCAACAAAUUUUCAACUCUUGAUGAGGGUAAUGAAAAUAAUAAUCAGUUGGUCGAGAUUGCAUUGGCACAAGACACAGUUGAACCAGUGGCUAAAGUCAUAGCGAGUGAAGUGGAGCAAAAUUUGUCUACGAGUGACGCUAGGGGGGAGAAAAACGGAGCAGUCCCUGUUUUGAAUGUUAAUGCAAAAAUUUUUUCUCCAGCAAAGAAAAAUGAAUCUCCUGGGAAGGAGAUGAAUACAAAAGAAUGGGUGACUUCAGCCUUUCUCAAGGAAACAGGGGGUCAAUUAGUUACUACUAAUCAGUCAUGCCAAGAAGUUCCAUCUCAAACAUGUACUAAUACUACAAAGGAAGGGGACAAAAAUUUGUGGAGUGAUCAAGUGGAGGAGGAGAAAGAAGAGGGUGAAUUAAUUGCUAACAAAGUUGAUGAACGUGCCAAUGAACAAAGUCGACUGGAUAGCCAAGAUCAAGGCGAUGGUAUCAGUCACACAAAUUCUGAAGCAGUAGUCGUAAUUGCAGGGGCUAAAAAUCCAGCAAAAGGACCAGAAAAAUGCAAUACUGAUGAAGAAGGGGUGAACAAAAAUGGAACUGAAGCAGCGACUUGUUCAGGUGGGAAUAUGAAAGAGUCUGAAAUAAAGGAUGACGCAGUUGCAAACAAGAAUAAAAGCAACAUUCCAGCACAAAUUGUUGCAUCUACUGUAGCUUUGCCAGUUGUAGCUCAUGGGGCUAAGUCAGGAGAAGAAAUUAAAGAAUUCAUCGGCAUUGACCGAGACGAGGAGUCCACUGCUCAAAAUUUCCAUAAUGUUGCAAGAGAAGGGGAUUUAUCUCCUAGACAGAUAGAAAAAGGAAAAUCAGGUGGAAAACAAAGGAAGAAGCAUCAAAAUAACAGUGCACAUGUUUCAGGUGUACAAACAAGGAGAACUUUGUCUAAAUCCAAUAUGUAG